ACACAUUAGAAGAUAGAACCCGUAAACCUCCCUGACCCGACCCGGAAAAUAAAAAAACGAACAUAAACCCUUGCCUACUCUUUUCAGUUGAAAACCCAGAGAGCUCCGGCGAAUCCCAAACCCCAAUAGGAGGAGAUGGCCGGCACCGGAAUACGGCAGGUCAAACUGGAGCGAGAGUGCGAACUCAGAAUCGAAGUCGGCAACGACGCACCUCUCAAGCUCCGCGUUCUCAACGGCACCGCCGAGAUCUUCGGCACCGAGCUCCCCCCUGAAAUCUGGCUCACUUUUCUUCCCAGGCUCAAAUUCGCUGUGUUCACUUGGUAUGGCGCCACAAUCGAGAUGGACGGCCCCACCGAAACGGAUUACACCGCUGACGAGACGCCGAAUAUCAGCUAUGUGAAUGUGCAUGCCGUGUUGGAUGCGCGGCGGAACCGUGCGAAAACGCUGUCGUCUGAUGAUCCUGAUUCUCCUCACGCUCAGGGACCGAGGGUGAUGGUUGUGGGACCUACGGAUUCCGGGAAGAGUACGUUGGCGAAAAUGCUGCUGAGUUGGGCAGCUAAGCAAGGAUGGAAACCUACUUUUGUUGAUUUGGAUAUCGGACAAGGAGCUAUAACAAUUCCCGGAUGCAUUGCGGCUACUCCUAUUGAAAUGCCUAUUGAUCCCGUGGAAGGGAUUCCCCUUGACAUGCCCCUUGUGUAUUUCUAUGGGCACACUACUCCCACGACCAAUGUGGAUUUGUACAGAGUGCUUGUCAAGGAGCUUUCUCAAAUGGUAGAGAAACAACUUGCUGGUACUGCUGAAUCUCAAGCUGCUGGACUGGUAAUCAACACCAUGGGAUGGAUUGAGGGUGCUGGCUAUGAGUUGCUUCUUCAUGCAAUUGACACAUUCAAUGCCAAUGUUGUCUUGGUUUUGGGUCAGGAAAAGCUUUGCAGCAUGCUCAGAGAUGUACUAAAGAACAAGCCCAAUGUGGAUGUUGUUAAACUUCAAAAAUCAGGGGGAGUUGUAUCCAGGAAUUUAAAAUUCCGUCAAAAAUCCAGGAGUAAUAGGAUAAGGGAAUACUUUUAUGGCCUUGCGAAUGAUCUCAGCCCACAUUCUAAUACUGCAAAUUUCAGCGAUUUAUCUGUCUUUCGAAUCGGUGGUGGCCCACAGGCCCCUCGUUCAGCUUUGCCAAUUGGUGCCGAGCCUGCUGCUGAUCCUACAAGAGUGGUUCCUGUAAAUAUUAACCGUGAUUUGCUCCAUAUGGUUCUCGCUAUUUCAUAUGCCAAGGAGCCUGAUGAAAUUAUCUCUAGUAAUGUUGCUGGGUUUGUCCAUGUCACAGAAGUCAAUGUUGAAAGGAAGACAAUUACCUACCUUGCACCAGCCGCUGGUGAACUUCCAGGCAAAUUUUUGAUACUAGGGUCCUUGACAUGGCUUGAAACAUGAGCAUUUCAAGAAGAUUUCACGACUGAAAACACAAAGACUGCGUUCAGGCUGAUUGCUAUGGCUUCUGGUGAAUAUACAUUGCAUGUUUUAUGGAUGAGGAAUUCAGUGAUAGAGGUAAGGAAAGGUGUAACCCAGCAACGAUGCUUCAGGCAUCUUUAACCGACUAUAGUACUGUUGGAUUAGUCGUGGAUUAAGUAUCACCUGUAGCUUGACAUAGUUAUGUAAGGAGUGUAUGAAGAGGUGAACUACCCGAUAGUAAAAUGAUUCUGUAAUUCCAUGUUAUAGCUAUAGCUACUCUUUCGCGUUCAUAAGGUUUCAAUGUGGUUAACCUGCUAGCCCGCUAGCCUCUUCGCGUUGGUAGUG